AUGGCGCCAUUAAUGGGCUCCUCAAGAUUUCUGUUCUUCCUUUAUCCCAUUCUGUUCCUCAUCAGCACUCAAUCCCUUGCCCAGCCGCCGCCUGAUUUUCGAAGCCAUAGCUGUUUCAACGAAAAAGGCAACUACACCACCAACAGUACCUACCAGACAAACCUCAACACCCUUCUCUCUUCUCUUUCUUCCCCCUCCAACAACGGCAAUGGCUACGGCUUCUACAACUCAUCCUACGGAGAAAACGCCGAUGAGGUUCACGCAAUUGCUCUAUGUCGAGGAGAUGUCACGGGGGACACUUGCCGUGGCUGCCUCAGCAACUCCACACAAAAGCUCACACAGCUCUGUCCCAAUCAGAAGGAAGCUUUCGGCUUCUACGACGAGUGCAUGCUUCGCUACGCAAACCACUCCAUGUACGGCGCCAUGGAAGCUGCUCCUGCUUUUUGGCUGUGGAACCUAGAGAACGUGUCCUCCUCCGACGUCGACGGGUUUUUUCAAGAGCUUAGGAGUCUACUGGAGGACCUGAGUCGUCAAGCUGCGGCGAACGGUUCACUUCGAAAGUUUGCGGUAGGGACCGCAACAGCUCCCAAUUUCCAAACAAUAUAUGGACUUGCGCAGUGCACGCCGGAUUUGGCCGAGCAGGCCUGCAGCGAUUGUUUGGUUGGUGCUUUGGAAGAUAUCCCAAAAUGUUGUGAGGGGAAGCAAGGUGGAAGAGUUGUUAAACCCAGCUGUAAUGUUAGGUAUGAGAUCUCUCGCUUCUAUGACCCUACAACUGUGCCACCAUUGCCGUCCUCGCCGCCACUAUCUAGUCCUCCUCCACCAUCAAUCAGUACAGGAGGAUCAAAGAGUAACAGAUCUCGGACUGUCAUCAUUAUUGUUGUGCCAAUUGUUGUUUCUGUGGCACUAAUAGUUAUAUUCUUCUGCAUUUGUUUAAGAGUAAAGAGGACAAAGAAAAAACUUGAAACUAGGAAGUUACUUCCAGGCGGCGAUGAUACAGAUGAAAUUGGAUCUGCAGAAUCCCUGCAAUUUGACUUUGCCACCAUUAGAGUUUCUACAGAUGACUUUUCUGAAGCAAAUAAACUUGGACAGGGAGGAUUUGGAUCUGUUUACUGGGGUAGGCUACUCAAUGGAAAAGAUAUAGCUGUAAAAAGGCUUUCUACAAAUUCUGGGCAAGGAGAUUUAGAAUUCAAAAAUGAGGUCUUGUUAGUGGCUAAACUUCAACACCGGAAUUUAGUUAGACUCUUAGGUUUCUGCUUAGAAGGAAGUGAAAGGCUUCUUGUCUAUGAAUUUGUCCCUAAUGCAAGUCUCGAUCACAUCAUAUUUGACCCAACAAAGCAUGCACAACUAGAUUGGGAGAGGCGCUACAAAAUCAUAGUAGGCACUGCUCGAGGCCUCCUUUACCUCCACGAAGACUCUCGCCUUAGAAUUAUUCAUCGUGAUCUCAAAGCUAGUAACAUCUUGAUAGAUGCAGAAAUGAACCCCAAAAUUUCAGAUUUUGGCAUGGCAAGGUUGUUCGUGCCUGAUCAAACACAAGGCAAUACUAGUCGGAUUGUUGGAUGCAGUGGGUAUAUGGCUCCAGAGUAUGCAAUGCAUGGACACUUUUCUGUUAAGUCCGAUGUCUACAGUUUUGGUGUGUUAGUUCUAGAGAUAGUCAGUGGACAAAAAAAUAGUGGCUUCCGGCAUGGAGAAAAUGUGGAGGAUCUUCUAAGCUUCGCCUGGAGAAGUUGGAGGGAAGGAACAGCUUCAAAUCUAAUAGAUCCCACAUUGAAGACUGGUUCAAGAACAGAAAUAAUGAGAUGCAUCCACAUUGGAUUAUUAUGUGUGCAAGAAAAUGUGCCUGAUAAGCCAACCAUGGCUUCUGUUAUUCUCAUGCUGAAUAGCUACUCUCUCUCUCUCCCAGUGCCCUCCCAACCAGCAUUUUAUUUGCAUAGCAUUGGAUCGGACAUGUCGUUAGGAUUGGAAUAUAAUUCAGGGGUAACGAGGUCUGAUCAUUCCAAGAGUAACUCUGCCAAAGUACUGGAAUAUGAGAUUUCAGAAAUUACUGAACUACAUCCUCGCUAGUGGUUGAAGAUCAAACUGGCUUUCUGAAAUUGUAAUGUAAUUUAUUAGCAUCCCUUUUGAUUCAUUCCCUAAUUGUUCAAGUAGGACAUAAUCAAAGAACAGUGCAAGAGUCUGCUAAUAUUCUGUUACUUCAAAUUA